AUGCUUGCUCAUGGUGGAGAAGGGCAUGUAAAACGUGGCCGCUACAACCAUGGCCACCUGGUGGUGGCAGUUAGUCCCAAGAAGCAGCCUUGUGUUGAUGUCAUGGUUUUUCCUAAGAGUGAACAACUUCUGGUGAAGUCCCAGAUGUGGCAAAGUAUAGUAGUUGCAUUCCUGGAAAAUUCAUCCAAGGAGAAGGGAGUAGUGCAGAAGUAUGCAGAUGGGUUCCUGCCAGUGCCGGGGCCUGUGCCCAUCAAUUGGCGUAGGCUGGAGCUCGCUCCCCUGGUGCCAUGCUCCUGUGUCAUUCUGUGUCUUUUCUUUGCUCUCCCCCAUACAGAUUCGGAGUUAGGUGUUGGCGCGCUGCCCGAACAUGACAGCCAGGAUGCAGGGCCAAUUGUCCCCAAGAUAUCAGGUCUAGAGAGAAGCCAAGAGAAGAGCCAAGACUGUUGCAAAGAGCCCGCCUUUGAGCCUGUGGUGCUUAAGAACCCCUGCCCUCAGGUCCCGCAGCCGCUGCCCCAGCCCCAGGCGGAGCCCCAGCUCCGAGCCCCUUCUCCGGACCCUGACUUGGUGCCACACACAGAGGCCCCACCAACAGCCCUUCCUCCAAGUACGAAGCCAGCCCCCGCAGGGCCCCCCCCACAGCCUCAGGUGCAGCGGCCACCCAGGCCACCGUCCCCCACUCAGCUGCUCCACUAGCACCUUCCUGAUGUGCAGGCCCACCCCUCAUCCCAGGGCCCGCAGUCCCUGUCAGCCUACAGCAGCAGCCUGAGCCUCAACAGUUUAAGCAGCAGGAGGAGCAGCACACUGGCCAAGACUCAGUCCUCCGACCCGCACCUCUCCCACCACCUCUCGGCCUCUCGGUUCCCCCUCUCCCUGCCCAGCCACAGGCCCUUGCACAGCUUCACCCCCGCCCUCCAGGCCCCCGCUCACGUGCAUCACCCCAAUAUGUUUGCCCCGCCCACUGCUUUGCCUCCGCCACCACCGCUGACCUCAGGGAGUCUGCAGGUCCCCUGACACCCUGCCGGGAGCACUUACUCAGAGCAAGACAUCUUGCGGCAGGAACUGAACACGCGUUUUCUGGCCUCUCAGAGCGCAGACUGAGGGGCCUCCCUGGGCCCCCGGCCUUACCUGCAGACCGAGUUCCACCAGCACCAGCACCAGCACACGCACCAGCACCAGCACACGCACCAGCACACCUUCACACUUCCCCACGCCGUCCCUCCCACCGCCAUCAUGCUGAUGCCAGCACCUCCCAUGUUUGACAAAUACCCUACAGAAGUUGACCCCUUCUACCGGCACAGUCUCUUCCACUCCUACCCUCCUGCAGUGUCAGGCAUCUCCCCCAUGAUCCCACCCACGGGACCUUUUGGUUCACUACAAGGAGAAUUUCAGCCCAAAUUGACCAAGCCUUUCUGUCUGCAAAAACCAGGGAAGUGGUGUGCUAUGCAUGUUCACAUCUCCUGGCAGAUUUACCACCACCAACAGAAAGUCAAGAAGCAGAUGCAGUCAGACCCACACAAGCUGGACUUGGGACUGAAGCCUGAGUUCCUGAGCCGCCCACCAGGCCCCAGUCUCUUUGGAGCCAUCCACCACCCCCAUGAACUGGCUCGACCUUCAACUUUGUUCUCUGCCUCUGGUGCUGCACACCCCACCGGGACCCUUUUUGGGCCACCUUCUCAUCACAGCAACUUCCUCAACCCUGCUGCUCACCUGGAGCCUUUCAAUCGGCCAUCCACCUUCAUGGGCCUAGCAACAGUUGGUGGCAAUGCCUUCGGGGGACUUGGAAACCCGUCAGUGAGUACCUCUAGCUUUCCAUACCUGCCUGGACUCUCCUCUGACGCCAGACCUUCCAAGAUGAAGGAAACUAUACUCUUGGAAAUGAACUCGAGUCAUAUAAUUGCAAUGGCAGGCUUACACAGUGGAGUUGGUGGAUGUGUGCAAAGCCACUGGUUUAAGGAGGCCACUGUCCCAUUCAUCCCUAGGGCCAGAGACAGUGAUGUAGCUGAUGGCUGCAAACAGUUGACUCCCGUCUCUUCGACCCAGGGGCUUGCCAUAGCCUCUACUAGAAGCAAAAGCACCUGUGGCUCUCGUGGGGUUGAAAUAGUGCAGUGAAGAACUGCAGGACCA